AUGGGUCUAAAUCUUCAAGGCUCAACUAUGUUUCACCUUCUUCUUUCGUCAUUUCUGAUCUGCAGCUUGGUACACCUGCAACAACCUGCCUAUGCCAUUAAAAAGCCAUACAUUGUAUACUUGGGAUCACAUUCUCAUGGUCCAAAACCUUCCUCUGCUGAUAUGGACUUUGCCACAACUUCCCAUUAUAAUUUCCUUGCCUCGGUCUUAGGAAGCCAUGAAAGGGCCAAAGAAGCCAUCUUUUACUCAUAUAACCGGCACAUCAAUGGCUUUGCUGCAUUACUUGAAGAUGAUGAGGCAGCAGAGAUCAAGAAAAAUCCAAAAGUAGUGUCAGUGUUCUUGAGCCAAUCGCAUAAGGUGCAUACAACCAGGUCAUGGGAGUUUCUAGGACAAGAAAGAAACGGAAGAGUCAGAGCUGACUCAGCUUGGGUCAAAGGAAGAUUUGGUCAAAAUGUGAUUAUUGGCAGUCUCGACACCGGUGUUUGGCCAGAAUCCAGAAGCUUCAGAGAUGAUGGGUACGGUCCCAUUCCAAGGAAGUGGCGCGGUGGAUCAAAAUGCGAGCUUUAUAGUCCACGUAACAGAACUCUUUGCAACAGGAAACUCCUUGGAGCAAAAACCUUCUACAAAGGGUACCAGAUAAAACACGGGAGCCUUGACCAUACAAGCGCUCGUGACUUUGCCGGACACGGAACCCAUAUUUUGUCAACGGCCGGCGGCAACUUCGUUCGAAAAGUAAGUGUUCUCAACAAUGGGAAUGGAACAGCCAAGGGAGGAUCUCCAAGAGCUCGUCUUGCUGUGUACAAGGUUUGCUGGGGGAGUCAUGGUUCUGAACGUUGCACUGAUGAAGAUCUGAUAUAUGCUUUUGAUCAAGCCAUCGAUGAUGGCGUUGAUAUUCUCUGCGUUUCGCUUGGUUCGGCGACUCCUCUGCAUAUUGAUGACUGGUCCAUGGGUGGCAUCUCCAUAGGAUCGUUCCAUGCGGUUGCCAGAGGAAUCGUGGUUGUUGUCCCGGCGGGCAAUGACGGGCCAAAACUUCAGACUGUUUUCUCCGUGGAGCCUUGGAUCUUCACUGUUGCUGCUGGCUCCAUAGACAGAGAAUUCAGCAGUAAUAUUACUCGUAGUAAUGGCCAACGCUUUAAGGGCACAAGUCUUGCCCCGAACUCGUCAUCUCAGAGGAACCCAUUUGCAUUUAUGAAAAAUGCAAAAACAAUUAUACCAGUAAGACCAGCUCCAAGAGUUUCUGCAUUCUCAGCAAGGGGACCCAACAUGAUUUUUCCCUCAAUUCUCAAGCCCGAUCUAACUGCACCAGGCCAGGAUAUAAUUGCUGCUUAUUCACCUGUUGCAAGUCCUACAGGCCUAGAUUCAGAUGAAGCUCACUUUGACUAUAAUAUUCUAUCCGGAACUUCCAUGGCAUGUGCUCAUGUUUCUGGUAUUGCUGGUCUUCUAAAAAAUCAUCAUCCUAAUUGGAGUCCUGCAAUGAUCAAAUCAGCAAUCAUGACCACUGCAAGCAUACUGGAUAACACCUUUAGACAGAUUCUGGAUCAACAGGAUGGUCGAGUAGCAACUCCAUUUCAUUAUGGUGCAGGCUUUGUCAGACCCAACCUUGCUAUGGACCCUGGACUUGUUUAUGAUCUCAGCCCUUCUGAUUACCUGAACUUUUUAUGCUUUUCUCGUUACGAGGGAGUAUUACUUCAAGUCUUUAAUUAUAAUAGGCCAUACAGAUGUCCAAGGUCUUACAAACUAGAAGAUUUUAAUUACCCUUCUAUCACAUUGCCUUUUCUGGGUAUGAAACCUGUAAAUGUUACUCGUAUGGUAACAAAUGUUGGGCCUCCAAGUACGUACACUGUAAAUGUCAAAGCCCCUCGAGGAGUUAAGGUUGUUGUUCUUCCAAGAACUUUGACUUUUCAGAGGACAAACCAAAAGAAGAGCUAUAUGGUUAUUUUGCAGGCAUCAAGUUUAGCCCAAACUUCAGACCCUUCAUUUGGAGAGUUGACUUGGACUGAUGGCAAGCACAAAGUGAGAAGUCCCAUAGUAAUCCCUCAAUAUGAGAAAAUGGCUAUAUAGAAUUCAAUGUGUCCAAUCCUUUGUUUUUGCGAAAUAGUGAGGUACUAGUGUUAAUUAGUGUGUGCUCAUAUAUGAGUCCCAAAAGAGACAUCUUUGUCAAUAGGGAAAGCCACGCAUCUCGAACCAGAUUAGCCGGAUGAUAGUAUAAAAAAAAUGUGUGCUCAGUGUGUGGAUGUACUCAUCUUUGUCAUUUUACAAUAAAGUGGCUAGCGUAUUCGA